AUGGUAAGCCUGUUGUCGGCUAUAGUGACCGCCGACCACCCGGUCGACGACUACCGACUAGUGGCUAAAUCACGUGACUUUACCGGUAAAGUAGUUCUGGUGACGGGUUCGUCGUCGGGUAUCGGCGCCGGUAUUGCAAAACUGUUUGCUUUAAUGGGCGCUAACGUGACGGUCACCGCCCGGACGACAGAUAAGCUUCGGUCAGUUGCCCGGGAAUGCAAAAAAUUAUCACCAUAUAGACUCAAGCCAUUGGAAGUGACGGCAGAUCUGACCAAAAGCUCGGACUUAAAGCGUGUGAUCGAUGAGACCGUUAAGACUUACGGCAAACUCGAUGUGUUGGUCAACAACGCCGGCAUCCGUACGACUCCCACACAGAUUACACAUUCAAACCUUAUGGCCGAUUGGGACCGACUCUACGCUCUGGACCUCAGGGCUGUCCUCGAGAUGACACACGAGGCGGCGCCGCACCUCUUGAAGACUAAUGGCACUGUUAUUAACAUAUCAGCCAUGGGUGGUAUUGCACCCGCCACUUUUAAUUUGAUCUACGGACCGCUCAAAUCGGCUGUAAAUAUGCUGACCCGAGUGCUUGCCCUACAAUUGGGACCAAUGGGUGUCCGCGUAAACACAGUAAAUCCCGGAGCCACACAAGUGACCGAGAAGUUGGAUCCGCCGGUAAUUUGGGAAAAGACCCGUUCGUUUGUGCCGAUGAAACGGUUGGGUCAGCCCCUGGAUGUGGGGUUUCGGCACCAUAAAAACCGGAGUUGA